CUGCUUAGGCCCAGCAGAAUGGCUCCCGCAAAGAAGGGUGGCGAGAAGAAGGGCCGCUCUGCCAUCACCGAGGUGGUGACCCGGGAAUAUACCAACAACAUUCACAAGCGCAUCCAUGGCGUGGGCUUCAAGAAACAUGCCCCUCGGGCACUCAAAGAAAUUCGGAAAUUUGCCAUGAAAGAGAUGGGGACUCCAGACGUGCACAUUGAUGCCAGACUCAACAAAGCCGUCUGGGCCAGAGGAAUAAGGAAUGUCCCAUAUCGAAUCCGUGUGCGGUUGUCCAGAAAACGAAACGAGGAUGAAGAUUCACCCCACAAGCUCUACACUCUGGUGACCUGUGUACCUGUUACCACAUUCAAAAAUCUACAAACAGUCAAUGUGGAUGAGAACUAA